UGUAAUUCAUCACUCUAGUUCUUCACUCGACUUAAUCAACAUGUCUGCGCCCUGUAAACAUGUGUAAACAAACAUGGCGAGGAUAACCUUGUACUAGGGUUAACCUGAGCGAAACUUUUUAAAUUAACCACUUGUGUAGAGAAAACGGGUUUUAGCAAUGACCUUGCGGCUUUGCGAGACGAUUCUACGCAGAUCUCUGCGAUUUUCAGCGAUCCGCAAACUGACAGCAGCCCCAGAGCAAGCGCCACUGGAUCUGCGUGGAUCAGGUUGCUCAGUUUUUGGUCCACAGACAGUAAGGAAAUGUCUCUUUCACUGUACUCCUGCCAGUUUGGUGUCUUCGGGUACUUUUUUGGACCGUUUGCAGAAGGGGAGAGCGGUUUUGUCCGAUGAGGGUCUCUGUCAUCACCCUGUCUCUGUUCCAUCAGACAGCGGUCAUCAGUUUUCCUUAGUGCUAAAGGAUCCUGAUCAACCUAAAAAUGCCAAAUCUCUUAAAGUGGCAAUAGUGGGUGCGCCUAAUGCAGGGAAAUCCACACUGACCAAUCAGCUGCUGGGUCGAAAGUUGUUUGCUGUUUCGGAGAAAGUGCACACAACAAGAUCACGUGCUGUUGGUGUCCUGACACAGGAUGACACACAAAUCAUACUGUUGGAUACCCCUGGUCUCACCACACCAAUAAAGGCUAAAAGACAUCACCUGGAGGAAUCACUGCUGGUGGAUCCUUUUGAGUCAAUAAAGGAAGCUGAUCUAGUGGUGGUGCUAGUCGACGUUUCUGAUAAAUGGACCCGCAAUAAGCUGGACUAUGAAGUGCUGAAGUGUUUGGCCCUGAAGCCAGAUGUCCCUGUUAUCCUUGUCCUCAAUAAGGUAGACCUACUGAAGAACAAAACGCUUCUGCUAGACAUCACAGCUCAGCUGACAGAAGGGGUGGUGAAUGGUAAGAUCAGAAUCCGUGGAGCAGAGAAACCACAUCAGAAAUUAGCAGCCAAACCCCACAGCAGACACACUGAAGAACCACAUUCUGAGAGCAUGAAGGACGGGGCGUCUCAGGAGGGUCAGGACAAAGACAGGCUGAGCCCAGAGGAGCUGAAGGCCCUGAAGAGCCGCAGGGGGUGGCCACUUUUUAAGGACAUAUUUAUGUUAAGUUCUGUUGACAGAGAAGAUGUGGAAACAUUAAAGAGGUACCUGUUUGAAGGUGCAAAGCCUGGCCAGUGGCAGUACCACAGUGAAGUACUGACUGAUCAGGGUCCGGAGGAGGUGUGCAUCAGCACUAUCAGAGAGAAACUUCUACAGUAUCUCCCUAAGGAGGUGCCAUACAGUAUGACACAGCAAAUCGAAAUCUGGAAGGAGUCUGAGGAUGGGGUACUCGACAUAUCCAUCAAACUAUAUGUAAAGAAAGACUCUCAUAUGAAAAUGGUUAUUGGUUCUGGAGGUCAUAUGAUAACCAGAAUAACCCAGGAAGCUGAAAAUGACCUAAUGAAGAUUUUCUUGCGUGAAGUGCGUUUAAAAAUCUCUGCAAAGUUGAGGAAGUAAGCUAGACUGUUUGGAUGAUUAAGGUCAGAGCCUGACCCAUGCAGAGGGAUACAGAAACCUGAAAAGAUAUACUUAAGAGUGAAAAAAUGGACAUGAACUCAAAAUUGGCUGUAUUUUGGGUUAUACUGUCAGAUCUCAACAGACCUCCUUCAUUCCUGUAAAAUUAAAUGUAAAGUAUAUCAGAGGCACAUUACAUGGGUUUUCUGUAUCAUUUCAACAAGAUUAUGAUUGAUCGUAUCACAACUGCCUGUGCCAUUUACACAUCUUGCUGCUUUUGAUUUAUAAAAAUGUCUAUAUGAUAAUAAAUGCCAAAAAUCAUAUAGUUCUGCAUUCAUACAUAGAUAUACUUGUGUUUACCUUGUUUUUUUAUUAUUAUUAUUCAUUGUCUUCAGUGUGGUCAGGCUGUUAUCUGUGGUGCAGUCUUGCUGUUUAACUGAAUGUCUUACGUAAUAACAUUA